UGGACAAUAAAAAAUGGUCAGCGGUCAGCUCCCAAGACAAGGGUUUUAAGGAGGUUUUAAGCUAUGGUCAUGGGUUCUGUACCCUCUUCUUAGACGGCGACGGCAACGUCAACGACGAAUCCAACUGAUUUUCACAACCUCGAUUCGUCCUCUGGCUCAUCAGACCCUGCCAUGACCUCUUCGGAUCCCAAAGCCCCAGAAUCAGCUACCCAUAUUCCUUCCAAGGAUGAAUUGUCAAAAGAAACCACAAAUUCUUCAAUUGGCACCCAAAACCCAGAUGAAUCAGAUCAAGAAACGAAACCCACUGAGGAAGAGGAGGAGGAAGAGGAGGGAGAGUGUGGGUUCUGUUUGUUCAUGAAAGGGGGUGGAUGCAGAGAUGUUUUUAUAGAUUGGGAGAAUUGCAUCAAAGAGGCCGACACUAACAAGGAGAAUGUUGUAGAUAAGUGCUUUGAUGCGACUGCGGCGUUGAGGAAGUGUAUGCAGGCUCACGCCGAUUAUUACGAGCCUAUUUUGCGGGUGGAGAAGGAUGCAGAAGAGAAGUUCAUGAAAGAAUUGGAGAACGAAAAGGCGUCAGAAGGAUCAGAAUCAAAUGUGGCUGAGGAGGAAACAGAAAUAGUUGUGGAUUCCAAAGAUUCGACGAAUGGUUAAUUUGCAUUAUUUGCAGGUGUGAUACAGACCUGAAUCAGAUGGCACACUGGAUGGUCCCAAGUGGCACACUAGAUGAUCCCAGCAACAGGAUGGGAUUCCAAACAAGUCUUCAUUCCCUCACUAACAUAAUAAGCGGGUCUGGAAGAAUUCAAUCAGUAAGGGAGUUAGGCAUUAAUUUAUUCCCAUGUCUUUGAUUUAAUUGUAGAAAUUAUAGGAAUUAAUUAUGCAUUCAAGUGUAUAAUUCCAAAUUAAGAACCAUAAUUUGUGUAUUUAUGCAUGAAUUGGAAUGAGGAAUAAAGGGUGGAAAAUUUUGACUCUUUUA